AUGCGAACAUUGGAAUGGGAUAAUAUAGGAGUAAAAAUCGAUGGUCGGCAGUUACACCAUCUUGGCUUUGAUGAUGAUAUCGUCCUUAUAACACCAAACAUUAUCCAAGCGGAACCUAUGCUUGACAACUUUGAUAAAGCCCGUGGAAAGGUUGGUCUUCGACUAAAUCUCACAAAAACGGUGUUAAUGAGGAGCGGAUUGGUUUCGUAUGCCCCAUUCAUGCUCAACGGAACGAAUAUCUCAGAGUGGUCCAAUUAG